AAAGUCAGUUUGUAUUGGACUCUGGUUGCGAAAUGUUGUUAGUGGCUCUGAUCGUUGUGAUUCUAUCUCUGCUCGUCUUCGCGGCCCGACGACGUCAUGGAUACUGGCAGAGAAGGGGCAUACCGCACGACGAGGCACACCCUCUAUUCGGAAACAUCAAGGACUGGCCCAAGAAACGCCACAUUGCCAAGAUCUUUCGGGACUAUUACUUCAAGUACAAGAACUCCGAUUACCCAUUCGCUGGAUUUUUCUUCUUUUUCACCCGCACCGCUGUGGUCACCGACUUGGAAUUGGUCAAGAGUGUCCUGAUCAAGGACUUCAAUCACUUUGAGAAUCGGGGAGUCUUCUACAACGAGAUCGAUGAUCCGCUGUCGGCCACCUUGUUCAGCAUCGAGGGUCAGAAGUGGCGUCAUCUGAGGCACAAGCUGACACCCACUUUUACGUCCGGCAAAAUGAAGAACAUGUUUCCGAUUGUUGUGAAAGUUGGAGAAGAAAUGGAUAAAGUGUUCAGUAGUAAAACCACUGCGGAUCGAGGUCAGGUUUUGGAGGUUGUGGAUCUGGUGGCACGGUACACCGCCGAUGUGAUCGGCAACUGCGCAUUCGGUCUCAAUUGCAACAGCUUGUACGAUCCAAAGGCUGAAUUUGUGGAAAUUGGCAAACGGGCGAUCACCGAGCAUCGUUACGGGAACAUGCUGGAUAUAUUCCUCUUUGGGUUUCCCAAGUUAUCGCGCCGCUUACGCUUGAAACUAAACAUCCAGGAGGCAGAGGACUUUUACACCAAGAUCGUGAGGGAAACCAUUGACUACCGUCUGCGGACGAAGGAAAAGCGAAAUGAUUUCAUGGACAGUCUGAUAGAGAUGUAUAAGAAUGAGCAGUCGGGAAAUUCGGAGGAUGGGCUGACCUUUAACGAGCUGCUCGCUCAGGCUUUCAUAUUCUUUGUGGCUGGGUUCGAGACGAGCUCCACGACCAUGGGAUUCGCUCUGUAUGAGCUGGCCAGGAACCAGGAUGUACAGGAUAAGCUCAGGGAGGAGAUCAACAAUGUGUUCGGCAAACACAACAAAGAGUUCACCUACGAGGGAAUCAAGGAGAUGAAAUACCUGGAGCAGGUUGUGAUGGAAACCCUGCGAAAGUACCCAGUACUGGCUCAUCUUACAAGAAUGACUGACACCGAUUUUUCGCCUGGAGAUCCAAAAUACUUCAUUGCCAAGGGAACCAUUGUUGUGAUCCCAGCUUUGGGCAUUCACUAUGAUCCGGACAUAUAUCCCGAACCGGAGACAUUCAAGCCAGAACGCUUUACCGACGAGGAAAUCGCUGCCAGACCCUCGUGCACUUGGCUUCCAUUUGGAGAAGGACCUCGGAACUGCAUUGGUCUGCGAUUUGGAAUGAUGCAAACCUGUGUGGGCUUGGCCUACUUGAUCAGGGGCUAUAAAUUCAGUGUUUCCACCGAAACUCAAAUACCCAUGAAGAUUGUCGUUAAGAACAUUCUGAUAUCGGCCGAGAAUGGUAUCCACCUUAAAGUGGAGAAGCUUGCCAAAUUGUCACUGCUUUUGUUCGUGGCCCGCCGACGUCAUGGAUACUGGCAGAGGAGGGGUAUUCCGCACGAUGUGCCCCAUCCAAUAUACGGGAACAUGAAGGACUGGCCCAAGAAGCGACACAUCGCGAUGAUCUUCCGGGACUACUAUUUGAAGUACAAAUCUUCCGAUUAUCCGUUUGCCGGGUUCUACUUCUUUUUUACCCGGUCUGCUGUCAUCACCGAUUUGGAAUUGGUCAAGAGGGUGCUAAUCAAGGACUUCAAUCACUUUGAGAAUCGGGGAGUCUUCUACAACGAGAUCGAUGAUCCGCUGUCGGCCACCUUGUUCAGCAUCGAGGGUCAGAAGUGGCGUCAUCUGAGGCACAAGCUGACACCCACUUUUACGUCCGGCAAAAUGAAGAACAUGUUUCCGAUUGUUGUGAAGGUUGGGGAGGAAAUGGAAAAGGUUUUCAGUGCCAAAACCACCACAGGUCAAGGUCAAGUUCUGGAAAUUGUGGAUCUGGUGGCUCGUUAUACGGCUGACGUGAUCGGUAAUUGCGCCUUCGGUCUGAAUUGCAAUAGUUUGCAAAAUCCGAAAGCAGAGUUUGUGGCAAUUGGAAAAAGGGCGAUCAUAGAACGUCGUUAUGGAGGACUAUUGGAUUUCCUAAUUUUCGGAUUUCCCAAGCUUUCUCGCCGCUUGCGGCUUAAACUGAACGUGCAGGAUGUUGAGGACUUUUACACAGGCAUCGUUAGGAAUACAAUCGACUACCGAUUGAGGACCAACGAGAAGCGUAACGACUUCAUGGACAGCUUAAUCGAAAUGUACGAGAAGGAGCAGGCGGGAAACACUGAGGAUGGACUCUCCUUCAACGAGAUUUUGGCACAAGCCUUUAUUUUCUUUGUGGCUGGCUUCGAGACCAGCUCUACGACCAUGGGAUUUGCCCUGUACGAGCUGGCCCGCAAUCAGGAUAUUCAAGAUCAACUUCGAGAGGAGAUCAACAGUGUUCUGGGCAAGCACAACAACGAGUUUACCUACGAGGGCAUCAAGGAGAUGAAGUAUCUAGAGCAAGUUGUCAUGGAAACCCUUCGCAAGUAUCCAGUUCUGGCGCAUCUAACGCGAAUGACCCAGACUGAUUUUUCGCCGGAAGAUCCAAAAUACUUCAUUGCCAAGGGAACCAUUGUUGUGAUCCCAGCUCUUGGCAUUCACUAUGAUCCGGAAAUCUAUCCCGAACCGGAGAAGUUCAAGCCGGAGCGGUUUACGGAUGAGGCGAUCGCCGCAAGACCCUCGUGUACCUGGCUUCCAUUUGGAGAAGGUCCAAGGAACUGCAUCGGUCUCCGGUUUGGACUAAUGCAGGCCUGCGUGGGAUUGGCCUAUCUAAUCCGGGGCUAUAAGUUCAGUGUGUCCGCAGAAACACAAAUUCCCAUGAAGAUUGUCCAACGCUUGGAAUUGGUUUCUCAGAUCAGUCUGCUCAAAAUGGCGAUCCUGCUCGGUUUGGUGGUCGGUGUCCUUACGCUAGCCGCAUGGUGGGUACUCCAGAACUACACCUACUGGAAACGGCGAGGAAUUCCCCAUGAUCCACCCAAUAUUCCGCUCGGCAACACCAGCGAACUUUGGAGAACGAUGCCGUUGGCCAGCAUCCUCAAGCGAACCUAUCUGAAAUUCAGCAAACAGACCGACGGACCCUUUGUGGGCUUCUACCUCUAUGCUAUGAAGUACAUCGUCAUCACGGACGUGGAUUUUCUAAAAACCGUGCUGAUUCGCGAUUUCGACAAGUUUCACGAUCGCGGAGUGUAUCACAACGAAAAGGAUGAUCCGCUGACCAAUAACCUGGCAACCAUCGAGGGUCAAAAGUGGAAAAAUCUGCGACAGAAGCUGACCCCAACAUUUACGUCUGUCAAAAUGAAGAGCAUGUUUUCCACGGUCUUAAACGUGGGCGAUGAGAUGAUACGCGUGGUCGAUGAGAGGCUCUCCAGUUCUUCGCAGACCCUGGAAGUCACUGACCUCGUGUCCCGCUUCACAUCCGACGUAAUUGGCAUCUGUGCUUUUGGCCUGGAAUGCAAUAGUUUGCGGGAUCCUAAGGCGGAGUUCGUCCAAAUGGGCUACUCUGCGCUAAGGGAACGUCGUCAUGGCUGGCUGGUGGAUCUACUAAUCUUCGGGAUGCCUAAAUUGGCCGUGAAACUGGGAUUCCAGUUCUUGCUUCCCUCGGUGCAGAAGUUCUAUAUGAAAAUCGUCCAAGACACCAUAGAUUACAGGGUAAAGAGCAAGGUGACUCGGAACGAUUUCAUGGACACGUUGAUUGAGAUGAAACUGCAGUACGAUAAAGGCGACAAGGAAAAUGGACUUGCCUUCAAUGAGGUCGCUGCCCAGGCGUUCGUAUUUCUUCUGGCUGGUUUUGAGGCGGGAUCCACAACCAUGGGAUUCACACUUUAUGAGCUGGCCUGCAAUCCUGAUGUUCAGGACAAGUUGAGGGCUGAAAUCGAUAGUGUGCUGGAAAAGCACAAUGGUAAACUAGAAUAUGAUUCCAUGCAGGAGUUGACUUACAUGGAAAAGGUGAUCAAUGAAUCGCUGAGAAAACAUCCUGUGGUAGCCCACUUGGCUCGCAUUGCCACCAAGCCGUACCAGCACAGUAAUCCCAAGUAUUACAUCGAGGCCGGCACUGGAGUGCUGGUGUCCACACUGGGCAUCCAUCAUGAUCCCGAGUUUUAUCCGGAGCCGGAAAAGUUCAUCCCAGAACGAUUCGAUGAAGACCAGGUAAAGAAGCGUCCCACCUGCGCUUUCCUGCCCUUCGGAGCUGGUCCCCGAAAUUGCAUUGGACUCCGAUUCGGACGGAUGCAGGUCGUCAUUGGAUUGGCCCUGCUAAUCCAUAAUUUUAGAUUCGAAUUGCAUCCCAAGACGCCAGUGCCGAUGAAAUACACAAUCAAGAACCUUCUUUUGGGCUCCGAGGGCGGAAUCCAUCUCAAUGUCACCAAGGUAGUGAGAGACUAAAGUGUUAUUUAUUUAUUUAUUUUCGUUGUUUGUUACUUUGAGUAUUUGAUUUUUCAAAAUUUUUCAAAUGUUUUUGUAAUGAUUUUAAAACAUGCUUUUAACCAAACUUCUUUAAAAUUUUAUGUUAAUAGAUUUUUUCUGCCAAGAAACGCCGAAAGUAUCUUUUAUGCAAAAGAGUCUUGUAAUAGGUGUUCUUAUGCAAUAAUAAGAAGCCUUUAUAAAGCAAUAUAUCACACAGAAAAUAAAAAAAAAAUAAUUUUUUAAAA